AUAUAUAUCAUACAUAAAGACCGGAUAGAGCUAACUGUGUGGUAUAGAGCGGAGGAUAAUGCCUUUUCAUAUGGAGAUAUCAUAUUAUAACUUCAAAAUUGCAAUAUUUUCAUUUGCAAUUAUUUUUGUUUUAAGAUGGACAUGGAGAAUCUUGAAUUAUGUUUGGUUCAAACCAAAAAAGUUGGAGAAAUGCCUAAUACAACAAGAUCUCAAAGGAAAUUCAUACAAGUUCUUGUUUGGGGACAUGCAAGAGAUGAAGAAGAUGGGUGAAGAAGCUUUGUCCAAACCUAUUGAUUUCACACAUGACAUGAUUUGGCCUAGAGUUAGCCCCUUCAUUCACAAAACUAUCACAAAUUAUGGUAAGAAUUGUUUUGUGUGGAUCGGGCCAAGACCAGCAGUACUCAUCACAGAACCUGAACUUAUAAGGGAGGUGCUAACAAAGAACUACGUUUAUCAGAAGGCUCGUGGCAGUCCACUCUCUAAGUUGUUAGUAGCUGGACUUGCAAACCAUGAAACAGAUAAAUGGGCCACACACAGAAGGCUUCUCAAUCCUGCUUUUCAUCUUGACAAGUUGAAGCAUAUGCUACCUGCAUUCAAAUUGACUGUUAGUGAGGUGUUGAGCAAAUGGGAGAAAAUUGUAUUGAAAGAAGGAUCAGAAAUAGAUGUGUGGCCUUAUCUUCAAACUUUGACAAGUGAUGCAAUUUCAAGAACUGCUUUUGGCAGUAGUUAUGAAGAAGGAAGAAAGAUUUUUGAACUUCAAAGAGAACAACUUCAACUGAUCUCAAAAGUGUCACGCACAAUAUACAUUCCAGGAUGGAGGUUUUUGCCAACUAAAAGCAACAAAAGGAUGAAGCAAAUCUUCAACGAAGUAAGAGAACUUGUUUUGGGAAUUAUCAAUAAAAGACUGAGGAUGAUUGAAGCUGGAGAAGAGCAUGAUGAUUUAUUGGGUAUAUUAUUAGCAUCCAAUUUAAAAGAAAUUCAACAACAUGGACAUAAAAAAUUUGGUAUGAACAUUGAUGAGGUGAUUGAAGAGUGUAAAUUGUUCUAUUUUGCUGGGCAAGAGACUACUUCAACUUUACUUGUAUGGACAAUGAUUUUAUUGUGCAAGUAUCCUAUUUGGCAAGAAAGAGCUAGAGAAGAGGUUCUACAAGUUUUUGGAAGUGAUGAAAUUGACUAUGACAAGUUGAAUCAGCUAAAAGUAGUGACUAUGAUCUUAAAUGAGGUCUUAAGGUUGUAUCCAUCAGGAUAUUUUAUCAGUCGACUGGUGACAAAAGACACAAAGUUAGGGAAUUUGUGUUUACCCUCUGGGGUGCAACUCAUAUUAGCAACAAUUUUGUUGCAUCAUGAUAUUGAAAUAUGGGGAGAUGAUGCAAUGGAGUUCAAUCCCAAGAGAUUUAGUGAAGGGAUAUUAAAAGCAACAAAAGGACAAGUUGUAUUUUUUCCAUUUAGUUGGGGUCCAAGAAUAUGCAUAGGCCAAAACUUUGCUAUGUUAGAGGCAAAAAUGGCAAUGGCCAUGAUUCUAAAACACUAUGCAUUUGAACUCUCUCCGUCUUAUGCUCAUGCUCCUCAUCCACUAUUGCUUCAACCUCAAUAUGGUGCUCAAUUAGUUUUGUACAAGAUGUAGAAAUGCGUCUUUUGUCUAAAUAGGGUUGUAAUAACAUUGAGUCUACUGUCCUACUAUGUUUUAUUUCCCGACCUUCAUUUGUAUAUGACUAUUACGUUAAUGACCCUUCAAAUCAGACAUUGAGGAGAAGGAUCACGCUUUAUAACGACUAGUUAAUAUAUAAAAUAUGUCAUCCGAAGCAAAAAAAAAAAAGAAGAAGAAAUGUGUGUAUUUUGAGUCAUGUUGUAUUGUUCUUUAAUUAUAGUUCAUGUAACUAGGAGUUUAAGGAUCGGUGUAGUAGCUAUGUAUAUGUCAGUCUUAUAUGUGUUGUUUGGUAAGAAUAAAGUAUUUCAUAAUAUUAUUAAUUUGCUCUA